CAGACCGUUUCUUGUUACUCUAGGCACUGACUCACAUAUACUUUUAGUUAAAUUAAAAGAAGAAUGCCAGGAACAUUUCACCAUCCCCAGAUGAGUGAUACCCAGUAUUGCCAGAGAUUUACUCUUGUCCUAACAUACACCGCCGCUGAUUGAUCACCCGUCGCUGGCCCUGAGACCACGUCAGAACAUCAGUCCCAGCUGUCACGGACCCUCUUUUAGAUACAGAACGUACACCGUCACACUUUUGAUUUACAGCGAUGACACAUCUCGCGUCCUGAUUAAAAGUAUCCCAUCUGAUGAGCCUCCAGCAGAAGCACCUUUGGUCAGGCGGGAGCAAACACACACCAGGAUCAUUCCCUCAGUGCCAUGGACAGACUAUCCUCAGGACGUCUUCUUCCACGACUUGCUUUUUUACUUCUGAUUGCUGCUCUCAACGUUCAUACAAGAAGCCUUGCAAGUCCAGUCAACCAGGUUUUCCAUUCAAAGGAUGAUUCAGAUGUGCAGAACCAGAUUUUGGCAUUUCUGCUCCGGAAAAACAUCAUGCCUGUGCAAGAAAAGGAUGUAAUAGAAUUCGAGCUGGCCAGAAAAAUCGCAGAGCUGCAGGAGCUUGCAGCUCUUCAAGAGGAGCUAAAUGUAGAAAGAAAAUUGGUGUCAAACGCAAUAGAAAAAGAGAGAUCGAUGACCAGCAAAAGAGAUGAUGCCUGUUUCUGGAAAUACUGUGUUUGAGGUUGUUAAAGUGAAGAACCAGGAGCAAGAAAAUCUGCAAAAUCAUCUAAUGCCUUAAGAUGUGUCAAACGUUUUCAAAUAUGGAAUUAUAUGUAUUCAUAAUGUGUCAUGAUUAUCAUGAUAGUUAUAAUGUACUCAUGACUUUACUCUUAUAACAAAAAUGUAUUUUAUGUAAAUGUCAUCUCAAUAAAACAUCAAGUGAAAUUUA